AUGCUGCGGCGGGAGCCGGUGGGGGCGCAGCUGAAGCGGAUGGUCGAGCAGACUAUUCCCAGCAGCAUGGCUGCGGCAGCGGCUGCGCCAUCGAGCACAGCCGCGGCACGGCCGCGGUACGACAGGGACCAGUGGGCGGGUUUCAUAGCACGAGAGAAUGCCAUCCUGAACCGCUUUGCGGCCGCGCCGUCUGCGGCUGCAGUGGACGCUGGCGAUAUCAUUCUGCACGAGGCGUCGCAAGUGGCCACGCGGUNGGCCGCGCCGUCUGCGGCUGCAGUGGACGCUGGCGAUAUCAUUCUGCACGAGGCGUCGCAAGUGGCCACGCGGUGCUAUUUUACCACAGUAGAGCCGACCGUCCCACACGACCUCACAGCCGCGUCGGCGGCCGCCGCCGGGAGUAGCGAGGCGCUGCGUGGCGAGCACGCACGAGAUGUGCUGCCAUGCAAGUGCAUUGUGCGCGUCCGUGGCAGUGGGAGACAGAAGCACACAGCCGUGCUUUCCACACCCAAGGCGGCGAAUUAUUUCAAGACAAACUUCAUGCAGGUUGUGCGCAAGGAGGUUAGCGGCUCCAAGUUGCCCCGCGGCGAGGACACGACAGAGCUGAAUCAACAGCAGCAGCAGCAGCACGUUGGCAGUGCUUCGGCUGCGGCUGACAAUGCGGCCAGUAGCUCCUCUAAGAAGAGUGCGAAAAGACGGCAGAGAUAA